CGUGAACGUCAGAGAAACAUCGCUACCGUCAUUGAUCAAGCAGCAAUCCCAAGCAGCCGAGCACUUUCCGCUCUCUCUUUCUUUUGUUAUUCUUAUUUAAAUUCGAAUAUUAGAAAAUGGCGUUGAUUCCAAGUUUCUUCGGUCGGCGAGGGAGCAACGUAUUCGAUCCUUUCUCGCUCGACGUAUGGGAUCCCUUCAAGGAUUUCCCUUUUCCCUCUGCUCUUUCCACUUCUUUCCGGGAAAACUCUGCAUUUGUGAGCACUCGAAUUGAUUGGAAAGAGACGCCAGAAGCCCAUGUGUUCAAGGCGGAUCUUCCUGGGUUGAAAAAGGAGGAGGUGAAGGUCGAGGUUGAAGAUGAAAGGGUGCUUCAGAUAAGCGGAGAGAGGAACGUCGAGAAGGAAGACAAGAACGAUAAGUGGCAUCGCGUUGAGCGAAGCAGCGGAAAAUUCAUGAGGAGGUUCAGACUGCCGGAGAAUGCUAAAAUGGAUCAGGUUAAGGCUUCCAUGGAGAAUGGAGUUCUCACUGUCACUGUUCCUAAGGCAGUGGUUAAGAAGCCUGAUGUCAAAGCCAUCGACAUUUCUGGUUAAGAAUGACAUUCUGGAUUUCUUGGUUUUGUAUUGACGAAUAUACAUGUUUUUGUGAAUGAGUCUUCAAUUAUCUAUGUUUGUAAAAUCGGGUGUUCUGCUUUCUGGUCAAUGUGAGGGAGAGCGUCGUGUUGUGUAAGUUGUAACGCUUAUGUGUGUUUGUAAAUUUUCAUGGUCUGUGUUGUUUGAAAUAAACUGAGUUGGUUUUUCGUUGUUUA